CAUUUUUUUUCAAACCGGAAGUGGGUGAUAACCGAUACAAAAUGGCUGACUUUGACCACUGAAUAAACAAUCACAUGACAUUUUCUUUAUUUGCUCGCUUUAGAUAGGUUUUUAAUCAUCAAAUUCAUCGAAAGAUGGCUGAGUCUAGUAAGCAAAUGAAUGAGUUGGAAGAAGGAAACUCUGUUGAGGAUGACACUGAUAUUUUUGAUGAAAUGAAAGUCGCUAGGAAUGGAAUCAACAAACUGCUAAACAAUAACUUUGAAGAUGCGUUCAAAUUGUUUCAGCAACACAAGGAAGAAAGUCCUCUUAUGCAUGCAGGAUACAGUUUUGUUUACUUCAUGCAAGGGUUGAUGUCAUUUGAAGAGGAACAGAUGGACAAGGCACUAAAGGCUUUAGAAGAGACGGAAAAGAAAUGUGAAGUUAGUGAUGGAUUUGUCAAAUCUAUAAAGAAAAAGUUUGGCAAGAAGAAGAAAAAAGAGGGUCAGCAGAUCAGUGUAGAGGAGAGAAUACAGAGGCAAGUCAUAGUGGGUGACUCGCUGUUGUAUCAAGCCAUUCUAGUCUUCACCGGACAAGAUAUACCCAGCUACAUCAAAGGUGGUUGGCUGCUUCGUAAAGCUUGGAAAAUAUAUGAAAAACUGUAUAAAGAAGUAACCAAUUUACGUGAAAAUCCUAAAAUGAAGAAAUCCACAUCAAAGGCUAGUAUAUCCAGUAAUAGUAUAACAUCUGAUGGACCGAUUGAUGACAAUGACAAUGAGAUACCGAAGGAGGUUCUAGAUCGACUACAGGGUGCUGUUAAUUUCGGUUACGGAACUUUUCAGAUUUGUAUAUCAAUGAUUCCACCUAAGAUUAUAAAGAUUAUAGAAUUUCUAGGUUUUGAAGGUGAUCGUGUACUAGGACUGGAGGCGUUAAAUUAUACAAGCCACUCGGACUCAAUGAAUGCGCCACUAGCUACUUUAGGACUAUUAUGGUACCAUACAGUAUUAAGACCAUUCUUUGCAUUGGAUGGAGCCAAUGGUUAUGACGCAGGUUGCGAUGAUGCUGAGAAACUCAUAGAGACUAAAAAUGAACAAUUCCCAAACUCUUGUUUAUUCCUAUUCUUUCGUGGAAGAAUACAUCGUUUAAGGAAACAAACUGACCUGUCACUGAAGAUGUACAAUGAGGCAUUUCAGGCAGCAGACGGCCAGAAAGAACUGGAGCUUAUGUGUCAAUAUGAAAUUGGUUGGUGCAAUAUGAUGAGGUUGAACUGGAGGGAGGGACUUACAGCAUUCACAAGGUUGAGGAAAGAAACAAAAUGGUCCAAAUGUUAUUAUUCAUACAUGGAAGGGGUGUGCCUUGGAGGUAUGGGGGAUAUCAAGGGGGCGUUUGAUUUAUUUAAAGAGGUUCCAGGUCUGUUGAAGAAAAAGAACAACCAGAUAGAGGCGUAUGUAUCCCGACGAGCAGAGAAAAUGAAAAAGAGCCCACCUACUCAGGAAUAUUGUAGAUUACUAACAUUAGAACUCAUCUUUUUAUGGCACGCUUUACCCACCCUAACUGUAGAGGAACUGAGGCCCUACCUCGAUGUAUGUGAUAUGCAGACAGACCAUAAAGUGUUCCAUUUAAGAAGUCUUCUAGAAGGUGCAAUAUACAACCAAUUAGGUGAAGAUGAGAUGGCAUUACAGUGUCUAGAUGAAUCUAUAGCUCGCCAUUCCGGUAUGAAAGAUGAUUUACAUGUACCACCAUUUGCUUUGUUUGAAAUGGCAUCUAUACACAUGAAGAAACCCGAGGGAUUCCCUAAAGCCAAAGCUUUGUUAGCAGAAAUUAAGGUUUGUAGUUACUGUUUUCAAACUUUUAAACCAUGAAAUUAUAUAACUUUACAUUACCCUUCCUUUAUGAACAUAUGUGUAGAAUCUAGACCCCUGACUUAUAGGUGGUUAGCCUUACAAAUGAGUAAAUAUAGUAAUUAUCAAGAAAUAUGUUCCAUGAGAAUAUGUUCUUAAAAGGAAGCUCCAGGUAACAUGGAAUAGUUUAUGAUAUUUGGAGUGAAUUCAACCUCAGUACAAAAUGAAAGAAAAAUCAACAAUAGUUUUUAGCUGAUAAAAGAGCAUUGUCUCUUUAGAUGUUAUGCUUAACUAACAAUUUAGUGGUAUUUAGCCUGAGUUAUGUGAAUUUGAAAAUCUAGGAUAUUAAGUAUUAUUUGAUAUGUUGAGUAAACACUGGUAAACAGAUAGGCAAGAAAAGCUAUUUGUCUCUCAGCGCUGAGUCAGAAACCAUGUGGAAUUAGUAGUCCGUCACUUGUAGAGAAGGGGCAUCUGUGGCCGAGUGGUUAAGGUUGUUGACUUCAAACCACUUGCCCCUCACCGCUGUGGGUUAGAAUCCCGACAGGGACUUGGAUUCUUUCAUGUGAGGAAGCUAUCCAGCUAGCUUACGGAACGUCGGUGGUUCUACUCAGGUGCCUGUUCGUGCCUGAAAUAAUGCACGGAGGGGCACCUGAGGUCUUCCUCCACCAGUAAAGCUGGAACGUUGCGAUAUGACCUAUACUGUGUCGAUAUGAGGUAAAACCCAAUCAAACAAACAAA